AUUAGCUGUGGUCACACUGGUUCGGUCGUGGGUGGCGCAUCAUCGCGUUUCUGCUGCCAAUUAAACAAGUGCAAAGAAUACAGUAAUUUCGCCAGUUGAUUCAAGCAAAUAUAUAGUAUAUCGUCUGGAGUUUGCAAAAACAAAAAGCGAACGCAGCCAGUCGUUGUUAGUGUGGCUGCUUUCUGCUGUUUGCAACCUCAGCGCUUCCGCCCACUAAAAGAAAAACUCUCUGCGCAAUUUGUUUGUCGCUUUUUAAUUUAGAGCUGGGAGUGUUGCAUACCAUACCGGACGCACCUCCUGCUCCACCAACUCCUCCAGCUCCACGACACAUUGUCAACCCUGAAAAUGGCAGUUAAGUAACCAGCCAAAAAAAAACACAACUGAUAGAACUAAAACUAACAACAGAGUAACAAAUAGUAAACCAAAAGAAAAGAAAACUACAACUAUCAAAGGUCAAUUAAAGGCGGUGCUGCGCAACCGCUGGUGACUUUCUCAUCCAUUCCGCGGUAGGACGGCAAAAGAACCCAGAUUGUUGGACAGGAAUUGAUGACACUUCUCGGGCCUAGCGCCCCUGGCAUGGCCUUUAUGAUGAAAAAGAAGAAGUACAAGUUCAACGUUGAAGUGCAGCUGCAGGAUUUAGUCGAGGUGGCCCUGGUCAAUGAGGUGUUGUUUGCCAAGAUACGACUGCUCGAUGGCGGAUCGUUUCAGGAGUACAGUAGUCGUGAGGAAGUGCGCAACCAUCGGGUGGAGUGGAACCGCAGCUUUGAGUUUCCCUGCAAGAUGAGCGCAAAUGCAUCGACCGGCGUUCUGGAUCCCUGCCACCUGCGCAUCUCGAUACGCAAAGAGAUGAAGGGCGGUCGCAGUUACUAUAAGUUGGGUUUUAUCGACCUCAAUCUUGCCGAGUUCGCCGGUGCCGGCCUCACCUCGCGUCGCUUCCUGCUCGAGGGCUAUGACUCGCGACAUCGCCUGGACAACUCCAUGCUGCGUGUGAGCAUCAAGAUGCACAUGCUCAGCGGUGAUAUUCUCUUCAAGGCACCAACACCGAACCUGAAGAGCAAGCAGAGCAAGCCGUCAAUGGAUGAUUUGACCAAUGCGGCCACUGGUGUGGGCCUUCAAACUCCGACGGCCAACGCUUUGCCCAGUAUGGGCAGUGGCAGUGGCAGUGGCGGAGCCUCCAUUCCCCUGGGCGGCAGUGGGGCCACCUUGGGCGGAGUUCCAACCACACAGUCGCUGCCGGGAACGCGGCCCGUCUCCACCACAAAAGAGGAGGCAAUUCUUGCAGAAAUCGAUAACCAGGCUUUGAUAGCGGCCAUCGUGACGGACUCCGGCUUGUCGGAGUCCUCGGAGUCGGCCGUAACGUUGACCACGGAUAAUCUUCAGCAACAUGCCGCCGCCGCCGCUUCCAAUGCCAUUAAUCCGGUGAACCAGGCGCUCCCGGGACCGGGAAUCAUUGGCAGCAACAACUACGGAACCACUGGAGUGGUAAUCGGGUUUUCUGGAGGCGGCAACGCUACCCUAAUGGAAAUGGGUCAUUCAAGGAAUUCCAGUAAUACUAGUCAAAUGUCAAAAGGUUCGGGUUAUAGUAGUUUUUCGCACAGUCAACAUUCAAGGCAAAGUUCUGAGGGUGAUUCGGGACAUGCUAGCCGUUUUAGAAAAUCCAUUUCUCUACUUAAUAGACUCAAUCAGAGAGCAAUUAAUGCCAUGAAAUUGAAUAUACACCGCGGGCCAAAGGGUCCGGAGCAGCAGCUGCCCGCCGGUGUGCCAGUGGUGCACAAAAGCAGCCACCAUGUCCAAACCACCCACCUCAGUCUAAGCACCACCAUCGAGUAUGUGAGCGAGGAGCAGCUCUUCCAGACUCCGAAUGCCACCAUGAGCACCUCUGGCGCGUUGGCCUUUGAGGAUUUCCGCACCCCGAUGGGCGAACUGGCCGGAGGUCCGCACUUCCAUCCGCUGGGAGCGGCGGCACGGGCAGGCGAGGGUGCCACUCCCUGCUCCACCAACACCUACCGCAGGACCGGAUCUCCGUCCCAUGCCACACAGUAUUACGACAGCGGCGAGGCCAGCGACACGGAUGAGUAUCUCAACGAGGACUCGGGCGACAAUGACUCCGGGCUGGAGGAGAACUUCCAUACGCCGCGGGUGGCCAAGAUCAAGUCGAUGGAGAAUCUCUCUAUACUGGAGAUGGAGUUCCACAAGGCCUCCAUGGAGCUGGACCGCAACUCGCCGCGCCGCCUCAAGCAGCUGGCCGAGCACGCCCAGAUACCCAAGAUGAAGUCGCUGAACAAUCUCUGCUUCGACGAGUAUGCAGAGCAAUCGGUUCGCGAGGAGUUCCAGCGCAUGCACGAGCAGUCGAUGGAGGAGCGGAUGCGGUUCCAGCAGCAGCACCACCAACUGCGAAAAAGCUCCACCGCCUCGAACGGAUCGACGGCUAAGCUGUAUGUGAAGCAUCUGACCCACCAGAGCCAGCAUCACAUGAAGGUGGGCAAUGCCAAGUUCAUCGGUCAGGAUGGUGAGAGUCCGCAGUCGUUGCACUAUCCCAUUCAGAAGAUGCGAUCGAUGGGCACCAUACCGGACAUUGUGAGCGAACGGAUCGAGGCGGACCCAUUUCUCACGCCGACGACCGAGCGAAAACCGAAUUUCCCGCGCCUCAUCCAGUCGGCGGAGAAGCCGGCGCUGGGCAGCAGCUAUGUAAAUCGAUUGCUCACCUACGACGUGGUCGACUCGCCGUCAAUGUCGUUUAUGUCGCGGACGCCCUUCCAGCGGGCCUAUAGACGAAAUAUUCAGCCGGGCAACGCUUCUUCGACGCCACUGGGCAACCAGGAAUCCUUCGUCGCCAGGCCACAUUCCACGAAUGCUGCCUACGAGCUAAUGAGAAGCUUCAGUGGAGUUCCUCGUCGACUCUUCGACGGCAAUGGCAGCAGCCAGACCAGCGGUGCUGUGGCCAGCACCACCAACAGGCAGCAGCAGCAGCAGCAGCAUCAGUCGGUUGCCGGAGGAUCCAAUUGUUACGUGGUCGGAUCCAGUUCAUCGCCAUGCGGAACCCUGGCCAGUAUACACUCGAAUCACUCGGCCUCGUCCUCGAAUGGCACCAACAGCAGCAGCAGCGGAGCACUUAUUACCUUUCAAUGCAAUCCAGGAGGAAGUGGUCCGGACACUGUGGACGCACCACUCACCCACCAAAUGCAGCAGCACCAGCAGCAGCAGACGACAGUGGGAUCGCCCAAUGGCCAUGGCAACAGUCCCCGUACUGGCGAUGCACUCAGCUCGAUGGCCGCCAGUCCCACGGAUGCGUGCAGCAUCCGCUCCAAUCCAUCGGCCGCCUCGCUACUCCUCUCCACGUCGGCGGCCGCCGCAGAGGCUUCUGCCAUGGCCUCGGCCACCACAAUGUCCGUGACGGGUGCCACACUUUCGCCGCUGGCCACCACCCAAAUCAUUCGCCGCCCUAGCAUCACCAUGAUGAAUCCCAGUUCCGGUUCGUUAGUUAUAAGUGAAACAGGAUCUCUAGAUCGGACGAAAAGCAGCGGUGAGAAGCGCAAGAAAGGAGCGCUGGAUGAUGGGCCACGCGUUUCGGACAGAGUGGAGGAGACGCGGGUCAAUCCAGACUUCUUGAUUGAUGAGAUUUUGAAGGAUACUAAGCUGGAUCAGCUGGAGGAAUCCGCAGAAACCUCAGGGCUUCAGCUGUACAUCGCUCGCGAUGGAACCGCCUCGUUGGGCGGACACGAGGUCAAGUCAAGCGUCCGAGCGGGUGCCCUCAAACAGGUCGUGAUGCAGGAUAGAAGAUAGUAGUGUCCGGGACUCCUAAGUGUUUUUUAAAAUGAAUUAGAAGACUUACCGAUCGAGUAAAAAUAACAGAAAGUGUAACAACUAAUCUUUAGUUUAGGAAAUGCAAACAUGUUUACUUGCAAACUAAAGUGAGAAUACAAAUACGCUAUAUAUAUGAGUAUAUAAAUGUAUGUCAUGUCGAAACUACACUACUAUGAAUGUAAUUAACGAGCUAUAUAUAUAUAUAUGCUGCUAAAACAAUAUGCAUAAACCUAGACGGGGCAAUAUUGCGUUCAACUCUGUCUUUAUAAACAUGACUAGGUGUUUUGGCAAGUGUUGUGGAUCAGGUAAACAACCGCUAAGAAUUAGGAAAACCAAAAAUGAACUUCGUAAUCCGGCACUUUAAUUAUGCAUGGAAAUAACACAAUGAAAAUCAAUCUAUAUAUGAGAUACAAAUUUAAAUUCUAAUUUUCAAAAUUAUGAUUUCGAUUUUUGCUUCCAUCAAUAUGUCCAGCCUCAGGCAUUAAAAUAUAUACAGAAAAAUAAUCGAAACAAAAUGCAAAUUUUCCAUACAAACAAAACUACAUACUUCGGGAUCGAUCUGCUAUACAUGAUGUUACAUGCCAUAACUAAUACAAAGCUUCAAAAUUCUAAUCCCGAUUUGUAGUAAUCAUCGAAAUAUAACGCAUCAAUCAAAAUCAAAAUAAGUUAAAUAAAUCAGCUAAAAUAGUUUUACAUUUACCCAUUCAGUCUGUAAUUUGCAUUUUGAUUUUGACAAUUUUUAUUACCAUUCACAAAGAAUUUUACAUUAUUAGCCUCAUAUACAUCGUUGUACAUUGCUAACUGGUAUUCUUAGCUCGUAGUUAGUAUUUUAAACUUUCGUAAAUCGUUACGCAAAUUGUGAAAAUAUUGCAAAAACCAAUACAAGUUUCAAUAUUUCGAUGUAAAAUAUAUAUUUUUGAGUUUAUUAUUUUUGUAUAAUCAUCAGUUCAAAAGUAAGCAACGCGUUAGGUGUGAAAACAAAACAUGCAAUUAGUUAUUAGCUAUAGUUUUAUGUUGAUAAUGUCUGUGUAAAAUUGCUUUAGUUAUUUUUCGAUAAUUUGUAAAAAAGAGGAGAAUUCGAAGAACUCCAGGUUAGUUUUUUAAAUUGUACAUGAAACAACAACAAAAA